GUUCCUCCGCUGAAGUUAAAAGUCUUCCGCGGGAAAACGAAUCUCGUGGAACAACAAGGCGAAUAGUUUUCGCGGUAGUAGGAGUUUAUAUUGAAUUCCUUAUGUUCUAGACGCACCUUGAUUCUGUGCUGUAUGUUUUUAACCCCUCCACUUUCCCGAUAUAUUUCUGUUUGAUUCUCAGCAGGGAUUCUCAACGGUAUCUGUCCAUUCCUGUGCAGAGUACCAAGUAAAUAAUCAGGCUGCUUCCUGCCCCCUAGUGGACGGUCUUUUCCUGCAGGAAGCAGACAGCAUGAUGCAGCUGUUGUGUUCUCCUUCUCAACUCCGCACUGACAUUCUGACAUGGAUCUGCAGCAGUAUCAACCCCAAUUUUUCUACUUCCAAAUUGACAUCUGUAAAAAACAAAGAUGAAGACGAAUUAAAUAAAGAAAUAGCCCUGGUUGGACAGGAGCUAAUGCUGUGCAGAUCAAGUGACCUGGACCUGAUCAGGGGUAAUGCCAGUCCGAAACAACAGCUCCAGUUUCUGGAGCAGCUUUUAACUCUGAUUCCCAGGUACAAGAAGGCUGCAGGACACAGGGUGGAUGAGGAGAUGCUACUGAAUGAGCUUUACGCUGCCGAGAAUCUGCCUCACCUGACCGAAAUGCUGGAACCAACAUUUGACCCAUGGCCGGCACACAUCAAGGCGUCACACAAAGGCACCAAGUUUAUUUGUAAACCAUGCAAAGAUGAUGCCGACGUUGGUACCCUCUUAGAAACGACACAAUCUGCACUUGAGCAGCUACAGUCUGAGUGUGAGUUCCUGAAAGACGAGACCCAGAGUCCUGGCCUCUUCUCCCCCGGCUCCCUGCGUUUGGCUGCUAGUGAUUUGCAACAGCUGAUGGCAACCUUCAGCCACGUUUAUGAAACAGACUUAAGAGAGUACUGUAGUCGGGAGCCGCCAGUCUUCAGCAAAGAGAGUGAUGUCUUUCAGAGAGUGCACCAACUGCUGCUGGCCUGUAACACAGAGUUGGAAAUGCUUAAUGAAGUGUCAGAAGCAUCUGCUUCCUUGAAGGACGAAGUGAACCUGCUGCAAACACAAGCCUGCUACUGGAUGAGAGGGGAGAAGCACACUCUACCGGAUCAAGUGGCAGAGCUGACCAAGCAAAGUCGACAGUUCCUCAACCUGUUUGACUCCUGAUGAAAGAGAGGCCUAGUUACUUUACAUUCCCUGAUGACGAUCGAAGUUUUGUUGUUAUAGUCCCAGAAUGAUAAGUUUAGUCAUGAGACAAUAGUAUUUAUGAACCAAGACAUUAGCAUUGUGCUACUUUGUGCUGCCAGAUGUUGCAAAUGUAACUGUAAAUAUUCUUUAAAUAAAGUCCUUUAACCUGUUUUUAUUCAUGAAACCCUGCUUUUAUUCAAUGUCCACAUACAUUGAUAAUUGAAAAAUGCCUGUAACGCAUGAUUAUUUUCAUUAGUUGAAAUUUAAUUUGAUCCAUUAAAUGUUGACUAGAAC